CCCACCCCUUCCGCUACUCAGGCCUGACCUUCCUGCUGCCGGGCCGGUUUGAGGCUACUCUGAAGCGACCCAGCGGUUCUGCCCGACGCGCCCGCUCGAGACACCAUGGUGGCGUACUGGCGACAGGCUGGACUCAGCUACAUCCGGUUUUCCCAGAUCUGUGCAAAAGCAGUGAGGGAUGCCCUGAAGACCGAGUUCAAAGCGAACGCUGAGAAGACUUCGGGCAGCAGCAUAAAAAUUGUGAAAGUCUCGAAGAAGGAGUAGCUGAAUCUGAAGCCUGAAGUGCUGAGUCUUGAAGGUGAAGCAUGUGGGCCCCUGUUCUGGCAGAUGGAAAUCAACCUCACCUCCUGGGGGACAGGCUGCCCAUCUCGUUGAUAAAUUGACUAUGCCAAUAAAUUAACAUGGUUCACUUUC